AUGGAAAAAGCUCACACCAACCCAACGACGCCAUCAUACUUACCAAAGCACUGCACCGUCGUCGAUUACCUCCAGGCCUGUCGUCGGGCCGCCGUCAGCAUGCCACCACCGCGACCGCCUCUCCAAUCGCUGCUGACGAGCCACCGCUCAGACACCGCUACAGCUCAAUCACUGUCACUCAGCUCAGGCACCGUCACUCGCCUCCACAUUGGCAUCUUCGUAGUUCCGAGCCCACCUCUGGCGUCGGCGCCUCUACUUCCUCCGCCAUUUACUUUUGUCGCUGGACUCGGUGAGUGUGGAGAAGGGAGAGAGGGAGAGAGAUCUGGGAAGAUCUUAUCUUUUUCUUGUCCUUUGUUGAGCAAGAGAGAUAGGGAAGAAGAUUUGGAAAGAGUGAAAGAAAGAUAA